AUGGCUUCCGGGAACACCCUGGCCUCGGAGUCUUCUUCCUCCCCCCGCGUCAUCACCGGUUCCAUCUCCACGGCCGGCAUGGAGCUCUCAGAAGACUACACCUGCGUGAUCACCCACGGGCCCAACCCCAGGAUGACGCAUAUCUUCGACGACUACAUUGUGGAGAGCUCCUGCGACGACCUCCUCGUUGCAUCACAGGGGAAGGCAACCUUCCUGAGCUUCUGCCAUUCCUGCAAGAAGGGCCUCGCCCAGGGGAACGACACCUUCAUGUACAGGUAACGUCUGCGAUCGAAUUUCUCCAUCAUCUGACAAGAAUUAUAGAUGGCCGCUUUUUCUUCGCAUGAUCUCAUUCACGGAUGAAAGAUCGAUUCUGGGGAUAAUCUGCCCGCCAUAAUCAGGGAAUUCGUGCUCGAUUGAUUCUUCAGGGGUGACAAGGCGUUCUGCAGCCAGGAAUGCCGGUACAAGGGGAUGCUGUCCGAUGAGAGCGCCGGCGAGUUCUCAUCCGACCACUAG